UUUUACACGUAUUUGGCAUUAAAAUUAACGGAUUGGGAAUGUCCACGAACACAGCAGGAUUUCGACAACAGUUAUACGUUCAAAGUUUAUUUAUUCCAAUUCAUAAAUUACUAUUCGUCAAUUUUUUACAUUGCCUUCAUCAAAGGGAAUUUAUCAAGUGUUCCUGGCCGGCAUUAUUUUGGACUUCGACCAGAAGAAUGUGAUCCGGCUGGUUGCAUGGUUGAGCUGGUCAUUCAGUUGGCGAUCAUUAUGUGUGGCAAACAGUUCUGGAAUGCCUUCAUGGAAUUUGCUUGGCCGUAA